AUGAUAUCGGAACAAGCACCGGGCUGGAGAGGGACCGUGGUGGGGCGGAUGUCUGCGAAGGUGCUGUCAUGGUUGUGGUCAUGGGCACAGCAGGUUUCUGUCGGGGUCGGCAAGAACGAUGACGAGCGUGCGGAUGCAGCGGUGGCCAAGGCGGCUGAUACCGGACCGCGACGGCGCCGGGGAACAGUUUCUGGGCUGUUUCCGAAGCGGCACAACGUCGAUGCGCGACUUGAUCUGCAGGCGUCGGUCGUGGCGUGCUCUAUCGACCUCAGCACGUUGCAGAGCCCCAUCUCGAUGACGCGGACGCCAGAGGGAGGCAUGGAGUGGAAGCUCAACGCUGGUGCACAUGCCGGAACCCCAACACAGUCCAACGAGGAGCCGUUGUCGCCCCGGAGCAGCAGCUCUGCCGCGCAGUUGAAGGACGAGGACGGGGACGAGCUGUCCAAGGAACGCUUUGUCUGCCAUUACUGCGAUGCAGAAUUUCGGAUCCGGGGUUACUUGACGCGCCACAUCAAGAAGCACGCCGUGGAGAAGGCCUACCACUGCCCAUUCUUCAAUAGCCACGUCCCUCCGGAGACUCGGUGUCACACUACAGGCGGGUUUUCGAGGAGAGAUACUUACAAGACGCACUUGCGUUCGAGACAUUUUAUCUACCCAGAGGGCGUCAAGACGCAGGACCGCGGCAAGUCGUGUGGGCACUGUGCACACUGUGGGAAAUGGUUUGAAAACACAUCUACAUGGAUUGAGAAGCACAUCGAGAGCGGUUACUGUACCGGCCUACCGGAGGGUACUAUAUUACCGGCGAAAAGUGCCCGUAAGGCGGGCAAGUUGAAAAUGAUCAAGACUUCCACCGGGCACUCCCGUUUCAUUACGACCCAGCAAAGUGUGGUCGAGCCCAAGGUGUUGCUCAAUAAAGAGGCUAUCGAGGCGAUGCAAAUUGUUGUAAACGAAACUAACACUGCCGGUCAGCCAGCUUUGACCAAACUCAGUGACAACAGAAUCAUGUUGAAUUCCAUGAACUUCAAAGGAGAACCUCGCAGCAAGCGCGCCAUGAGGCGGGGCCGGAGAAAGCGGUUCAGCAUCGGGCCGGCAAUGGCUGCACACGCCUGUGCGAACAGCGCGUCAAUGAUGCCGUCGAACGCUGGCGCCACUUCUGCAACAUCAUGUCCGAUUGACGCGCAGUUGCAACCACAGAUGUAUAUGCCACACACUGGAGCGGCGUAUACGUUCACUACACCAGACGAGACUCCGCUGGACGAAAUCUGUCUUUCACUGAAUCCGUCUCCCACCGAUGAUGCGAGCUUGGUGCCAGUACGGUCUGCAUCGUCGCUCUCUUCCCAUGAGUGCCAGCAACCCGCGAACAACGACAUGAACAAGCUCUUAUACCCCCUUAUUUCGUCGAAUCCCGUUGGCAUCCAGGACCCAUAUUCUAUUCCGCUGGACUUUGAACAGAUGGGCUUUGCGAUGGCCGCGGAGGAGACACCCGUCUUGCCAGCCCAAAAGUUAGUGAGUGAGCCCCAAAUAAACGUAACAUUAAACAGACAGAUGGAUCCUAUAAAACUUGGCGAGCGGCAAUUCAGGGAAACGCAGCAGUAUUUGAACUUUUACAAUUACAGUUUCGAUACGAACCUAUGA